AAAAUAUCUUUCGUAAAGCAGGCAAAAACGAGAAUAGGUUUAGCGAGGGUUUAAGGCGGCCACUCUUCGUCACUUUGCCUCCUUCACAAAUCCUCAAAUGUUGUCAGAUUCUUUCAUCGCCACUCCUAGAUUCACACCUUCGCAUCCAUCUUACCAAACAACCAGAGACUUCUUUCAGAUCAUUAGUUCGAUCUAUCUCUCUGCAAAUUGUAUCAACCGUGUACAUAGUUAGAAACCCAUUAAUUUUUCUGCAAAUAAAUCACUCCACUCUAGCAUGUGGAGAAGCGUAUGUAACCGAGCUUCUGUCAAGAAGCUGAAAUCAUUCGCCGAUAAAUCUAAUUUUAGAGAUACCCACCUGUUCGAAAAACCUAGACAGCUAGAGCUUCACCCUUAUCGAAAUCCUUCGUAUGGAGAACGGGGUUUCCGGCGAAUCAACGUCUUGGGUGAUUCCGGUUUCACAAAUUUAGGGGUUUCUUUCAGUUUAUUACAUCGGUCUUAUAAGGGUUAUGCCAGUUCCGCCGCAGCUGAGGAGAUUGUUUCGACAGAAGAAGAAGACAGCGAUGAAAUUCGUGAAAUGGUACACCAUUUGAAUAAAGAAAUCAAAGCGGUGGAAAUGAAAUCUAAUAGCUCCGAUCACAAAAAGCAGCCGAGGUUAGUCAACGGAAUUGGGCAAGGGAAGUACAUUGCACUCAGGAGACGACAGAUAAAGAUAGAGACAGAAGCAUGGGAGAACGCAGCAAAAGAGUAUCAGGAACUUUUAGUCGACAUGUGUGAACAGAAACUCGUUCCCAAUCUGCCUUAUGUGAAAUCCUUGUUUCUUGGUUGGUUUGAGCCAUUGAAGAACGCCAUUGCUUCAGAACAGGAUUUAUGCAGGGAAGGUAGGAAUCGAGGAGCUUAUGCUCCACAAUUCGACCAGUUACCUGCUGAUAUGAUGACGAUAAUUACAAUGCACAAGUUAAUGGGUCUGUUGAUGACUGGCGGAGGUCAGGGUGGCGCUAGGGUGGUCCAGGCAGCUCUGCAUAUCGGUGAAGCUGUUGAACAUGAGGCGAGAAUACACAGAUUCAUGGAGAAAUCCAAACGAAAGGCUUCAUUAAAUGAGAGCCCUGAUGAUGAUUCAGAAGCUGUGAAUAACGAGCAACAAUUACAGAAACUGAGGAAGAAAGUAACCAAUUUAGUUAAAAAGAAAAAGUUACAGCAAGUAAGACACAUAGUGAAACAACAAGAUCAGUUGAAGCCAUGGGGUCAGGAUGCUCAAGUUAAGGUUGGUUCUCGUUUAAUCCAGUUGUUAAUGGAGAUUGCUUAUAUACAACCUCCUGUUGACCAAUGUGAAGAUUGUCCUCCUGAUAUUAGGCCUGCAUUUGUACACACUCUUAAAACUGUGGAAACUCUGAGAGGAAGCAGAAGAUAUGGAGUUAUUGAAUGUGAUCCUCUUGUUCGAAAAGGACUUGAGAAAAGUACAACUUUAACUGCUUUAGGGGAAAUGUUUGAAUCUGCAAGAAGUAUUAUGAAUUGGCUUGGUGAUUGUGCAAAGGUUAUAGUAGUGAAAAACAAUCCAGUACAAUGGACAACUUCUCUUGGACUUCCUGUUGUUCAACCAUACCACAAAUUAGGAAGACAUCUUAUUAAGACAUCUCUUCAAGUUUUGACACUACAACGAGAAACCGAUAAGGUGAUGGUGAAAAGACAAAGAACAGCCUUUCCUCCUAACUUUGUCCACUCUCUUGAUGGGUCCCACAUGAUGAUGACAACCGUUGCUUGUAAAGAGGCUGGCUUAAGUUUUGCAGCCAUGAAAAACCCUAAUUCUACUCUCCUUAGAAGUAAAUGGAGUCCUAUUCCAAUACCCCAUAGAACUAUCCUUGAACCCAAAGGUCAAGAUCUUGAUUACAUCAACAUAGCUCACAGUCAUCUUCUUCACUCUGAUUGGGCUAAGCUAGAUAAAUUAUUAACCAAAUCUAAUUCAUUACGAGUGAAACACAUUCUGUUAAAGCUUCAAAACGACUACGUCAUUUCCCUAAAAUUCUUCAAAUGGAUUGAGCUUCACAACCCUAGUUUACUCACCCUCGAAACAAAUUCCAUCAUCCUCCACAUCCUCACCAAGAAUCGUAAAUUUGUGUCAGCUGAAUCCAUUUUAAAGAGGAUCAUCGGUUCUUGUUCUUGUGAUGUAAACCUCCAUUCUAAGCUCUUCGAUGCUGUUCUUCACUCUUAUCAAAUGUGUGAUUCCACUCCUCGUGUUUUCGAUGCCCUUUUCAAAAUGUAUGCACAGAUGAAGCAGUUCAGGAAUGCAACAGAUACAUUUUGUCGUAUGAAGGAAUACGGAUUUCUUCCUACCAUUGAAUCAUGUAACAUGUAUAUGAGUUCACUGCUUAGUUUCAAUCGAGCAGACAUCGCGUUACCAUUUUACAACCAAAUGAGAAGAUCCAAGAUCACAAUCAAUGUGUUCACUCUCAACUUGGUGAUGAAUGCUUAUGUUCAAUUAGGGAAACUAGAGAAUGCAGUCCAAGUGUUCGAUGAAAUGCAAGGUAUGGGAAUGAACCCUUUUGUCUCCUCCUACAAUACAUUGAUCACUGCAUACAUCAACCAAGGCCUUUUAACAACCGCAAUUAAGUUGAAACGUACAAUGGAGAAGAAUGGAAUAAGCCCAAAUGCCAUAACUUACAACACAAUAAUCCAUGGAUUCUAUAAAGAAGGGAAACUACAUGAUGCUUUUAAAGUUUUCCUUGAAAUGAAAAGGGUAAAUGUGGAUCCUAAUACUAUAACUUACAACACAUUAAUCACCGCAUGUUCCCAAUCAGGUAAAAUCGAAAAGGGUAAUCAGAUUUUUGAAGAAAUGAUAAGAACCGGGGUCAAACCUGAUAUUUUGACUUAUAACGCAUUGUUGCUGGGACUUUGUAACGAAGGAAAAACCAAGAAAGCUGCUUAUUUGGUUAAAGAACUUGAUAAAAAGAAAUUAGUACCAAAUUCUUCAACAUUUUCUGCCCUAAUUAAAGCCCAAUGUGCUCGAAAGAACCCAGAUCGUGGUUUUCAACUUUAUAAAAGCAUGGUGAAAAGUAAUUGUCGUCCAAACGAAGAUACUGUGAAGAUGUUGAUUUUAUCAUUCUUGCAAACGGAUGAUUAUGAUGGUGCUUUUGGUGUUUUUAAAGAGAUGUUAGAGAGGCCUAUUGGACCUGAUUUGGUUGUUUUGAGUGGGUUGUGUAAAGGGUUUUCAAAAGCUUGGAAAGAUAGAUUGGUUAUGGAUCUAUUAAGCGAGGUUGAUAAUGUGUGUUUUAGUUAUGAACGUUAUGAGAAAGUUAAAAGCAUUAUUUGUAACUCUAAUAAUGAAGGUAAAGAACUUGAAGAAAAUGUGUAGGUUGAUUUAUUUAAUCAUGACAAAAAUGAAUCCGAAUACAGAAUGUGUGUGGGAGC